GGAAGCGGUGUGUGUGACUGUUGUGAGCUGACUCAGUAAUGAGUCAAAGUCCAGAGUGCAGCUGUGCGGAUCAACAUGGAGGAACAGAAGAAGAUUCUCUGUGUGGGUCUGGUGUGUCUCGACAUCAUCAACGUGGUCGACAAAUACCCAGAAGAAGACACUGACAGCAGGUGUCUUUCGCAGCGCUGGCAGAGAGGAGGAAACGCUUCCAACUCGUGCACGGUGCUGUCGCUGCUCGGAGCGCCCUGCGCCUUCAUGGGCUCGCUGUCUGCUGGACCUGUGGCCGAUUUUAUUUUGGAGGAUUUUCAGAAGUUCAACAUCGAUGUGUCGCUGUUGUCUGAGCACGCUCAAUGUGCCCUUCCCGCCUCUGUGGUCAUCAGCAACAUCAGCACAGGAAGCCGCACCAUCCUGCACAUGAACAGUUUCAUCAUGGCUGACUUCUCACGGCAUGCUGUCGAUGUCUCGUCGCUGGUUUGGCAGGUAGAAGGUCAAACUCCGUGCGCAUGUUGUGUGGUUUGUCUGUCCAGCGGAUCUCGAACCGUCGUUCUCUCUGACACGAACCUUCCUGAUGUCACAGCGGAGGAUUUCUCCAAAGUCGACCUCCAUCAGUUCAAGUGGAUUCACUGGGAGGGUCGAAAUGCUGAUGAGCAGGUGAAGAUGAUCCAACAGGUGGUGACGUAUAACAGCACGUUGCCACAGCAACGUAGGAUCACCGUCUCCGUGGAGUUAGAGAAGGCCAGAGACGCCCUGUAUCAGCUGUUUCCUCACGGUGAUGUGGUGUUUGUCAGUAAAGACUUUGCUCGUCACUUCGGGUUCCUGUCUGCUGAAGCUGCUCUGAAAGGACUCUACAGUCGGGUCAAAAAGGGGGCUGUCCUGGUAUGUGCCUGGGGAGAAAAAGGAGCGGAUGCUUUGGGUCCAGACGGUUUGGUUGUUCAUUCAGAUGCUUUUCCUCCUGAAACUCUCGUCGAUACUCUCGGAGCCGGAGACACUUUCAACUCCGCCGUCAUCUACACGCUGUCAAAUGGUGGAAGUUUGCAGGACGCUCUGACCUUCGGUUGCAGAGUCGCUGGCAAGAAGUGUGGUUUCCAUGGUUACGACGGCAUCGCCGGACAGUUCACGGCCGUCUGACCGAAGAGUUAAAAACAACGAUGGAUUCAGAGAACUGUGGUUACAGUCUGAGGUUACUCACACUGUCAAAAAUGAUAAGUUAAUGAUGAACUGACAUAAAACAAUAAAACAAAGACCUGAUUUAAAUAAAUUUCACUUUGAAAAGUGAAGCUUCAUAAAAAGCUUUGACCAGUUUGUGUCGAUAAUAACUGAUGUAUGACUGAUAAGCUGAUAAAGUGAUAAUCAGUGGUACAUAACUGAUAGUUUACGGUUUGGUUAUUGAUUGAACUGUUGUUACCUGAAAUUAACUAUUAACAAGCUGCUAACAAAAUUAUUGCUAAGUGUUGAUGAACUUUGUGAUGCUGUGAGAUUAAAUAAGGAUGAUCUUGUUAAAAUGAGUUUAUUGCUGAAGUUUCUUUUACCUGAUGAGAAUGAAACACGCGCACACACUUUCUGUCUGAGUUUGUAUUUAAUGAACUAAUAAAAUAAAAACCACCUAUGUAAUGA